GAAACAGAAACAACUCUGCCGCUGUACAUUGAUGUAGAUGAAGAUGCAGAAGAGCCUGCAGAGUAUAUAGUGCAAAGUGCCAGCCACAUUGGGCCAAUAAAGCAUCUACUCAUAAUAGGGCACAGACAGUCCAUAGACAUAGACUAUGUGGUGAUAACAGACGAAAAUGUAAAGAAGUACCAGCCAGAAGAAGAUGCAGACGGAAUAACUCUGCCACUGGGACAGAAAGUAGUGAAUAUGCAUGCAUUGGAGUCUACAAUACUUCCAGAUGUAAACUCAGAAGACAAAGAAAUAGUGCAGGGGCCUAGCAUUGCUCUUGAAACAAAUUCUAAGAUAUUUCUGUACGAUAUAAUGCUCGAACUUGAGAGCCCUGAGAAGUACACUCACACCAGAAGAAAGCAAGAACAAGAGAUGCAUGGAGGCAAAGUGAACUGCAAUGGGGUCUUACCGAUGAGCACAUGCGAGUCAACUCCUAACAUGGCACACACAUCAGAUACGGUGGCAGAGGAUAGUGCUAUAGAUGAAGAUGUAUCUCACAUUGACAAUACUGAUACUAAUGUGAGUAUAAAUAAUAGUGAUAAAAAUAGCAGUAAUGAAGAGAUUGCCAUGCCCUCAAAGGGGAUAAAAUACGGUGAUCACAAAGAGUUAGAAGAUGGCUUGGACAGUCUUAUGGCUGAGAUGGAGCGAGAAAUUCCAGUUGAAACUUCUGUUGAACAAAAGAACUUCAAUAUUGGCCCAGAAGAAAAAGAAAAAAAGAAAGUAGAAGAAGAAAAGCCUAAAAAAGCAUCACCGCUCAGUCUCUCCUCUCUGACGGGUCUAGUUAGCAGCUCGCCUAUGUCCUCACUAAACAGCAAGACAACUGGCACUCCAACUGUACCAUUGCACAAAGAGUCACCGCUAGAGAAGCCUAUGCGAGAUAUGCAAUUGAAACAUGAAAAAGUAGAUGAGCAGCCAAAAAGCGAUUUACUCGGAGAUAUUAAAGAAGAAAAGAAGGUGCAGCCAAGGGCUAUACCAGAGAAGAAAGAGAGUCCCUUCGACAGAAUACAGGAAAUGAUCGAUGGAAUAGACCAGUCUCUGAAGAACCCAAUUGUUGCAGUAAAAGAGCAGAUAAAAGAGAUAAGCGAAAUAUGCAGAAGCUGCGAAGAAGAGCUAGAAACAGUGUACAUUCCUAAUAGCAUUCCUCCAGAGUCUGCAAAAAUAAAAGGCCUCCUUAUGGAAAUAGAAGAGGCACUGAUCAUAAUGAAAGACGAAAAGAUGCGGAUAGUGGAGAGAAUAGAGGACACAGACACCGCACAGGAGAGGAGCAGUAUAAUCCUCCAGUCCAUCCAUGAUAGAAUAAACACAAUAGAGAAUGUCCUUGGCAAGCCUCCUGCAGACUUCUCAAGAGAGAUCAACUAUCUCAACACAAGAAUUUCAAGGCUUUUCAACAUAUCUAGACACAUAAAAAGCAAAUCAAAAGACCAAAUUACUCUGAACAGUGUGAACAUCUUCGAUAAGCCGCUGCAGCUAAACGAAGAGCCAAUCAAUAAGAUAGAAGAAGGCGCAAUGCUCCCCAGAUCCAGAAAUAUUACACUGGAUUUGCUGAAUGACUGUCUUGUAAAGAUACUGAAUAAAGAGACCCGAGAAGAGCCGGUGGAAGGUAGCUCCAUACUCAACCACAUAUUCAAAACGCCUUCAGAGCAAAGCUUCCUAAAAUCAAUACAAGCGAAAAAAGGAACUAAUAAGGAUAAUAGCAGAAAUGAAAGUGCAACAGAAAAAACAGCCACUCCCACAGAAUUGCAGCCAUCUAAGCCAAAUAGUGCUAGUUCUACUCCUAAGUCCACCCCUAUUAGCAUAGGUGAUUUAUCGCAGAGAUCUAGCACAAGUUCAUCGUUAUUUAGCAAUAGUUUGCCAAAGAAGGACAUAUUUGGUGCAUCAUCUAGUUUAUCCGCACUGUCUAAAUCUGCCACUCUUUUACCAGGAUCAGCAGAACUGCAAAAGAGUGCAAGCUCUAAUAAGCUCGGCAAUCCAUUCUCCACAGAUGGCAAAUCACCCCUAGGCAGUAGCAGCUCAAUAUUUAGUAAACCCCUAGCGCAGCCAUCAGCGAAUUUAUUCAGCACUACCACUCCCUCUAUCCAAAAAAGCACCAAUGCUAAGAUAGAAGAGGUGAAUAGUACUAGUAACCAAUCAAUUCAUAAUACUAGCCCAUUAGAUGGCAAUAAUAGCCAAUUCAAUAGCAGUAAUAAUAUGUUUUCUAACCGCAAUAACAGCUUACCAAAUAGUAACAUAUUCUCCAGUAGCAAUAACGGCCAAUUAAACAGUGGUAACAAUAGCUUGCCAAAUAAUAAUAUAUUCUCCAGUGGCAAUAAUAACAAUAAUCUACCAAAUAAUAGCUUAUUUUCUGGUAAUAAUAACAGCCUGCCAAGUAGUAACAUAUUCUCUAGCGGUCAAAGAGAAGGGCAGACAUCUAGCAGUGUGUUCUCUUCCAAUAGCAGCAGUCAGAUGAGCGGUAGCAUAUUCUCUAAUAACCAGGGAAAUCAGAUGAACAGCAACGCGUCCUCUUUGUUCUCAAAUCAGCAGCCUAAUAACUCAUUCAACCUCCUGCAGAGACAAAACACCUCGUUUACCCAGGGAAGCAAAACCCUUGGCCUUGGGUCUUCUAGCAGCGCUGAUUCCUCCAGCUUUUCUUCACUUUUCAAGAAACCACAGAAUAACCAAAACCAGCAAUAA